GCGAAACAGUGUUCUUCAGCCAACCAUGAAACCUACCAAGAACGACUGCUCCGCCUAGAAGGAGACAAGGAGUCUCUGGUGCUACAGGUGAGCAUUCUGACAGACCAGGUGAAGGCCCAGGGAGAGAAGAUCAGAGACCUAGAAAGUUCUCUGGAGCAACACCGGCAAAAGUUGGCCUCUACAGAGGUGAUGCUGCAACAGGAGCUGAUGAGCAGGACCUCUCUGGAGACUCAGAAGCUGGAUCUGAUGGACGAGGUGUCCUUCCUGAAACUGAAGCUGGUCAGCAUAGAGGAGACACACACCAACACACAGCAACCAGACCCCACCGACACAGAGCAGAACAAAGCCGAGUGUGUGGUAAAUCUCAUCAGUGAUCUUCAAGAGCAGAUGUGCAGGUUUCAGGAAGAGAUCAGCACUCGUAUUCAGGAGAAACGGGCACUGGAGGAGAGGGAGGCCCAGCAGGGGGAACCCAGAGGCAGCGACCCCCCGGGCCACAGCCUGGGGGCCGGGUCAGUCAGCUCAGACCUGAGCCUGGCUGCCUCCGACCCCCUGAGGCCCGAUGGAGGACAGAAUGUACACGAUUUGCUUCAAGAGGUAAAGCAGCUGAAGAGAAAAGUGGAGGAUUUGCAGGGCGAGAAGGGCCAGUAUGAGAGAAAACUCAGAGCCACAAAGUCGCUCAUGAGCCAGCUGUCCAGUCUGCAGCUGAAAGUGGAGCACAUGCAGCUGGAGAAGCAGCAGUGGGAGGAGAGCUGCCACAGUGCACAGGCCGACAUAUCAGAGCUGCAGCAACUCCUGGCCUCCAAAGACGCUGAGAUCGAAUGUCUGCAGACACAACUGAUGGCAAGAGGCGGCACAGCUGACGAAAACACAGAGAGAGAGGAGGAGUAUAUCAAGCAGCUGAUAAACAAAUACCAAGAAUACCAGAGGCUGAAGAUUGGGAUGGAGUCUUUGUUAGCUUCAAAUGAUGAAAAGGAGCGACGUAUAGAGGAGCUGACCAUUCUGCUUGGCCAAUACAGAAAGAUGAGGGAAGUCAUGGCACUCACACAGGGGAGUAGUGAUGAGGAUCUGAGUGGCUGUUCAGGAGUCAGAGCCUUCACACAUAAAGCACACUCUGAUAUUGUCAGAUCAGAGAUGUCAUCGCUGUCAUCUUCUCCAUUUGUGCUAUCUUCUUCCCCCUACCAGAGAGGAUUUGAUUCUAGUAUCCAUGACUCUAUGGACACAUCACUGGUGUCCACUGGGGAAACAAGCUUUUGUAAUGGGUCAUGGCAUCAACGCAGGUUGCUUUCCAGCAGUCUUGAAGAAUUGCAGAGUGGAUCAUUACAAAAGAAUCCUCACAUGGAGCUGAGCAAGUACCAGACUCUGCCGGGGAAACUCAUGAUAAAUAAGAGAGAGCAGAGAGCCAGGAAGCAUGGCGACAGAGAGGGAGAAGAAGAGUAUUUGUCUCCUGUCCACUGCCUCCAGCAGGAGGACUACGGUCUCAAUCAACCAGAAAAACUGAAGGAGUGUGUUCUGUCAGAUCAGUCCCCCCUUUCCUUUGGAGUGGACUCUGGACAGCAAUCUCCUGUCUCACCAGAGAACAGGAAGAGUCAGAGAGGCAUUAGGAAACUCUGGGGGAAGAUACGUCACAGCCAAUCAGGCAGUCCUGCCCAGGGUCACGACCACGAGCUGGGAGAGCUCAAGAGGGGGGGUUUCCGAGCUACAGCUGGACCAAGACUGGCCCGUUCAGGGAACCCACGAGAUCUGAAGAUGCCUUUUUGUAAGUGGAGCAAAGAGCAGGUGUGUGACUGGCUGGAGGAAAUUGGACUCGGUCAGUAUGGCGUCCUCGCUUGCCAUUGGGUCACCAGUGGUGAUACUCUACUGUCUGCCACCAUGCAAGACAUAGAGAAGGAGCCGGCGAUAAAGAAUCCGCUCCACAGGAAAAAGCUCCAAUUGGCCAUCAAGACGAUCAGCAGCAAACAGCCUGAUAAGUCUGCAGAGCUCGAUUACAUCUGGGUCACUCGUUGGCUUGAUGACAUCGGACUCCCUCAAUACAAAGACCAGUUUAAUGAAGGAAGAGUUGAUGGGCAGAUGCUGCAGUUCCUCACUGUGAAUGAAUUGUUAUUCCUUAAAGUGACCAGCCAGCUGCAUCACCUCAGCCUCAAGAGUGCCAUUCAUGUUCUUCAUGUCAACAAGUUCAAUUCCAACUGCCUCAAACGCAGACCCAGCCAUCAGAACCAGUUGGCUCCAAGUGAGGUUGUCCAGUGGUCCAACCACCGAGUCAUGGAGUGGUUAAGAUCUGUGGACCUGGCAGAGUACGCUCCGAACCUGAGGGGCAGUGGCGUGCAUGGAGGGCUGCUAAUGUUGGAGCCUCGGUUUAACCCAGAAACGCUGGCCAUGCUGCUAAACAUCCCACCGGAGAAAACACUGCUGAGACGCCACCUAACAACCAACUUUAACAACCUGGUGGGAGCAGAGGCUCAUCUCGAGAAGAAGGUGUACACGGAGGCAGUGGGGAACACCCCACUCAGCAUCACAGCUAAAGUCAAGCCAAAGAAGUUGGGCUUCACUAACUUGACUCAUCUCAGGAGGAGACGGCCAGAUGAAUCCAAAGACUACGUGUGCCCAAUAGAGUCGUCCUUGCCUCGGUCAGGAGUGCCUGCAGUGAACGAUGAAGUGCAGGUGCAGCCUAAAGCUGGCUUCAUGGGUCUGAGCGCAGUCCUGGACCGAGAGUCAGACUGCCCCAGGGCCCGGGUUGGGAUGGACAAGAGCAGAGAUGAUCAAUUGCCAAGAUAACAGCUGUGACAGCAACAUUACAAUACCAAAUAUAAUAUCAAAGCUCUUUCUAUCAACCAUCAGCCGUCACUGCUUCUGCUCGGCUUUCUCUGCUUGCCAAUAAUACCUCAGCCUCCUCCUCCCUGCUCCUCUGAACCCCACCCUGUGCCUUACUAGUGAAGAGAGGCAAGGAUGCCAAGAUAAACCGCUGCCUAUCAUGACGGGUCAAAUGAGACAAUUCAUCUACACUCUUUAACGAUUUGAUUAUAAUUCCAGUCAGACACCUCACUCGCCGACCUCCACCCCAAACGUGUGCCAUGAUGUAACUCAUCACCAUCUCUCUAGAUUCCACCCAACAAAUGAGUUCAUAAAAAUAUCUCUUGUAAAGUAUUGAGUCAUUUGUAUUUGAUUUGUGCACCAGCAACAGAUGAUUAUAUGCACUAGUUCAUUACCAUCAUUCUGUCAUGUGGUUAAGAAACGUUGUACAAUAUUUUCAUUUGCGUAUGUCAUUGCAGAACAAAUACUAGCAUGUUUAUUUUGAACCUGAGGUCUUCAUUUUGUACUGUCAUUUUCAUAUACGCUGUAAUAGUAUAUUUAUUGUAAAUAAAACCUUGCUCCGUAAAGGAAGCUUACAGGUGUCAAUGAUUCAAACCAUUUCAUAAAAAAUCACGUGUGUAAAGUUGAUUAAUUUAAAAAAAAAUAAAUAAAAACUUCCAUAUAAGGAACUAUAUAAACUUCAGGAAGUAAACAUAUGUGCGGUUUUCGGGGUCCCCCUAUUCAUAAAUCGUCUUAAAAGGCAAAUUAAUACACAUUCCAUAAAGCGAAACAGAUGUCUGAGUAACCUGCUUCAACUACUAACCUGUUUUUAUCAUCACCAUCAUAAUUCUCAUCAUCACCAUCCUCACCAUCAUGUGGUCCUGCUGUCAUGGCUGCGCUCCGUUAACUUCUAAAUAUGACAUGGCAUGUUUGAGUUCAGCAGAAACAUGCAUCACUCCAGUCAGUAAUGUAUGGCAAAAGGGAUUACUUGGUAUAGACUGAAGCCAAGGAAACUCAUCAUCAUUUCACUCAAUGUCAUUCAAGUUAUAAUGAGUUGGUGAGGUAGUGUGUGUACGUGUGUGUGUUGCAUAUGGAGAUUACAGUGAUUACCACGUUGCAAAUAGAAGUUCUGUCUGAAGCAUCGCCAACCUCACAGAAACUGCUGGUUAUGAUUUAGGCAGAUAAUUCACACACCAAGUAACCUCGCCUCUUUGGGAGUGGGACGUUUGAAUCACUCAGAUAAAAAACUCUAGACAUUUUCUGAGACCCUUUAUAAUGGUAACUAAAGAGUAACCUGGUAUUUCACUUGCUGUAAUAAGGCAGAUGCAAGUCUUGGUUCUUUUGCUCCUGCUGUGUUUGCUGAAGUCAUCUCAAUAAUUGAACCCUGAAGGCUUUGGAUAAUAAAAACGUUAAACCAU